UCUGUAAUCGGCUAGCCAGCCACUGAUGACUCCUCAUGCGCUGCCUCUGCCUGCUUUCAGCAAGUGCCAACAACAUGCCCAAGCAGGUGGAAGUGCGCAUGCACGACAGCCAGCUCAGCUCCGAGGAGCCCGGGCGCCGGCACCCUGGGCUGCGCCUGUGUGACAAGCUGAGGAGGAAUCUCCUGCUCACACUGACUGUGAUUGGUGUCAUCCUGGGGGCAGUAUGUGGCGGGCUUCUUCGCCUGGCAUCUCCUAUCCACCCCGAUGUGGUUAUGUUAAUAGCCUUCCCAGGGGAUAUACUCAUGAGGAUGCUAAAAAUGCUCAUUCUCCCUCUAAUCAUCUCCAGUUUAAUCACAGGGUUGUCGGGCCUGGAUGCUAAAGCCAGUGGGCGCUUAGGCACGAGAGCCAUGGUGUAUUACAUGUCCACGACCAUCAUCGCCGCGGUGCUGGGGGUCAUCCUGGUCUUGGCUAUCCACCCAGGGAACCCCAAACUCAAGAAGCAGUUGGGGCCUGGGAAGAAGAACGAUGAGGUGUCCAGCCUGGAUGCCUUCCUGGACCUUAUUCGAAAUCUCUUCCCUGAAAACCUGGUCCAAGCCUGCUUUCAACAGAUUCAAACAGUGACGAAGAAAGUCCUAGUGGCACCUCUGUCAGAUGAGGAGGGCAAUGCCACCAACGCUGUCAUCUCCCUGUUGAACGAGACUGUGACGGAGGCACCUGAGGAAACGAGCGUGGUCAUCAAGAAGGGCCUGGAGUUCAAGGACGGCAUGAAUGUCUUAGGUCUGAUAGGAUUUUUCAUUGCUUUUGGCAUCGCCAUGGGGAAGAUGGGAGAGCAGGCCAAGCUGAUGGUGGAAUUCUUCAACAUUUUGAAUGAGAUCGUCAUGAAGUUAGUGAUCAUGAUCAUGUGGUACUCUCCCCUGGGUAUCGCCUGCCUGAUUUGUGGGAAGAUCAUUGCAAUCAAGGACUUAGAAGUGGUUGCUAGGCAACUGGGGAUGUACAUGGUCACGGUGAUUGUGGGCCUCAUCAUCCAUGGGGGCAUCUUUCUCCCUUUAAUUUACUUUCUAGUGACCAGGAAAAACCCCUUCUCCUUUUUUGCUGGCAUUUUCCAAGCAUGGAUCACUGCCCUGGGUACCGCUUCCAGUGCCGGAACUUUGCCUGUCACCUUCCGUUGCCUGGAAGAAAAUUUGGGGAUUGAUAAGCGCGUGACCAGAUUUGUCCUCCCAGUCGGAGCAACCAUUAACAUGGACGGGACAGCCCUUUAUGAAGCGGUGGCCGCCAUCUUUAUCGCCCAAAUGAAUGGUGUUGUCCUGGAUGGAGGCCAGAUCGUGACCGUGAGCCUCACAGCCACGCUGGCGAGCGUCGGCGCCGCCAGUAUCCCCAGUGCCGGGCUGGUCACCAUGCUCCUCAUUCUGACAGCUGUGGGCCUGCCGACAGAGGACAUCAGCCUGCUGGUGGCUGUGGACUGGCUGCUGGACAGGAUGAGAACUUCAGUCAAUGUUGUGGGUGACUCUUUUGGGGCUGGGAUUGUCUACCACCUCUCCAAGUCUGAGCUGGAUACCAUUGACUCCCAGCACCGAGUGCAUGAAGAUAUUGAAAUGACCAAGACUCAGUCCAUUUAUGAUGACAUGAAGAACCACAGGGAAAGCAACUCUAAUCAAUGUGUCUAUGCUGCACACAACUCGGUCAUAGUAGAUGAGUGCAAGGUAACUCUGGCAGCCAACGGAAAGUCAGCCGACUGCAGUGUUGAGGAAGAACCUUGGAAACAGGAAAAAUAAGGACAUGACUCAGCCAAUUCUUGAAUAAACUCCCCAGCAUAUCUUAUGGUAAAAGAGGAUAUACACAAGCGUUCUUUAAAAAGGAAAAAACACGUCUACUUCUGUGUUUACUUAAUCUGCUAGCUGAGGCUUAGAGGAUCUGUUGUGAGUCACUGGUAGGCAGGGUGCUGUGUCUUCGCCAAAUGAUGCUUCAUAACUAUCUAGUUUCUCACUGUGUUAUUGUUUCAAUGGAUGCUGCUGGAGGGAUUGGUUUGAAUUGAAGACGCGUUCCUGCCACCUUCCCUUUUCUUUCAAGAUGCAGAACUGUGGAUGCUCUUUUCCCAGGGGACAUGACUAAAGCAGCAUGGUACCCUCCAGGGACUAGGGAAAAACGAGCAGAUGCUCAGUGUGUUCUUCCUUCAAGUGUUCUCCAUGCCUUGCCUUGUAACGCACAAGAGAUUCUGUUAGAAGCCUCUAGAAGUAAAUCCCUUUAAAUGCCUUGUAGAUUUUACCCUUUUGUUGAUUAAAAGAAAGUACCUGUCUUAGAGAACUGUUACAAUUUAUCUUCUGUAUACUCUUUAAGCUGAAUGUUUCAAAGAGCAUUGUAGUGGGAGCCAUACUCUUAGACGCACCUGAUUAUGGAAGCCACUGAAUCUCUGCUCUUCCCCACCUAGUCUAUGGGAACAAUUAUUGAAAUUUCAAAGUGUAUUUCAUCAUGUGCUCUAAAUUUGAUAGUGGAUUAGGGUGAAAUCGGCAUAUAACCGCUAUAUAUAUUGACAAUAGUAAGGGAGCACAGUCAACAUCAAUUUUAACCAGAUUCGAAUAUUCAAAUUUGUUUAGGUUUGGUUUGCACCACGUGGCAUAGUGAAAUCGAGUGAGAUUGUUUGAUCUAUGCUUCACUUUCUUUGUUUCAUCCAUAAAAUUCUUAUUUGGGUUUCUAACAAAAAAGACAUAUUUAAUCCCCAAAUUAUUUCUUUCAUAUUCUCAUCAAACUAGAAGACCUAAUCAUUUUACUCUCCUCGCACUUGGAGGACAGUUGGGUUGACUGUGCUCCUUUUAAUACCAUCUCAUGAUAAAAACAGAAACAGAAAUGAAAUAUUGUUAGUUAUCUAAUAUGUAGGAAGUUUUUUGUUAUAUUACAUCAGAGCACAUAAAACCAGUUACAAGACACAGUGGGAGCAGAGGCAAUCUUCCUCCCCAAUAUUCUCUGUGGAAAGGAACAGAGAACAAACAUAUGUGCAAAAUCAUAUAAAGGUGACGUUCCUAUGGCAUAGUCAAGGCAGCCUUGAACCAUGAAGGGGAACACAGGAUGGCUCUGCACAACUUCACAGAUGGAAUCUUUUCAAGGCUGUGAAAGUUUGCAGAAAUAAGUAAUAUAAUUGGAGUAGCACAGUGCCUUGCAUACUGUAGGCACCCAAUGACUCCUGAAUGAUUGAUUCAGCAAGCUAAAUUUUUCAAUGUUUGUACUAUCAUUUUCUAUUGAAUAACCCACAGUAUUUCCCUAAGGUUGCUGGCUUUGGAAGUUUGCUGAGGACUUGAAAAUGAAUCAUUGGGAAAUAAAGCACAUUUGACUCUACGGAGCGUGGUCCACAUGUGGGAGUAGGCUGGUCAUCUGAGGCCAGCAGAUGGAUGCUGAGAUAUUCAUGAAUAGUCAUAGAGUCCAGAUUCUCUGAGCAGGGGGUGUUUAUGGACAUCACAUAGCCUUUAUUACGAACUCCUUGUGACUCUUCUCUUCCAAAUCACAUGCCUUUAGAAUGUACAAAAGACAUGAGAUUCCAAUUGUUUUUGUCUCUUAAACCCUAGUUAUUUUUGGAUAAGGAUCACUACUGAGCAGUAUUAAGCAACUUUUUUUUUUUUAAUGGCAUUAGUCUUCAUUUUCAUUUGAUGGCCAGUUGACAGGGUGGCCAAGGACGUGCUGAAAUGUAGUAGUGGAAACUGCAUUCUUUAAGCAGAUGUCAUGGGUCAAGGGGACAGUUCCUGGCUUUAGCUGUGAUGCUGUUAAGGAUUGUCUUAGAGUGGUGCUUCCAAGAGCCUUUUUAUGGUGAAGAGAAGGAUCUGGGUGAGGCAUCUAGGAGCUUGUGGUUUUUGCUGUUUAAGGCCAGCUUAGCACCUGUACACGCUGACGUGUUUCUUGAGGGAGUGGUCUCAGGGUCAUCUUCCCAAGACUCUGCCUAAAAGUCUUCCUGGUUUCCUUUGUCUUCCACUUUUUCCCAGUUAUCCAGUUCGCCUAUAAAUAUAUAAGCGGACAAUGUAUUCAGAAGAAACAAGGUGCACAGCUUAACAAAGCAGGUUUUUCGGGUUUGAGACUGUAUACAAUUAAGUUUCAUGAGAAUAUACUUAGGAAAUCACAUUUAUCUGGAAAUCCAACAAAUCAUAUUAAUAACAAAUAAUUUCUCAAAUUCAGGACUAGCCUGAAAAUUUAUGACUAUAUACAGCUGACAUAUGACUGUGUCCCCUGUUUUUCUUAGGCCUCCUUCAUUCCUUUUAUGCCAUGCCCAUUGGGGUUUUCCUUGCCCAGCAUAUGUGCCAUAAACAGAACAAAUAGAUUCAGAGUAUUCCUCUAAUGACCUUUUUCUAAAUAGGAUAUGUAUAACAUGUCAGUUAUAUGUAGAGAUUUAUAUUAAUAGGUCCAACACAGAUAUAAAUGCUGGUAAUAGUCCAUUAAUAGUUGAUGAUGCAUAAAUGUUAUAUUUAUAUACAGACGUGGCAGGCCAGAUGCAUACACUGCAUCCUGUGUGGUCUGUAAGUCAGGGCUUUAGCAACACCAUUGUGUUAGAGACUCAUUCACUCUUUCUAGGAAUCAGAAUCAUUUCAGGAGAAAACCGACUAAGUAGACUUCAAUGCUCCCCUUUCUCAUUUUUGCUGUUGAGAAACCCAAGAGGAAUCACCAUUUGAUUACCUACUACAAUUCAAUGACUCAAAUCCAAUCAGUGAGAAGAAUGGCUUAUCUCUCCAGGUGAGGCUUUCCCUUGGAUCUUUGAGGAUGUGCCUCCCAGGCAAAAAGCAUCAGAGAAUGAAGGCAAUCAUGUAGAUCACACAGAUUGUCAAUAUAGGACUUCAGGUGACUGUGAACCAAGUAGAUGUCAGAUUCAAUUCUUUACUUCCUAUUGGGCGUGGAAACACAGCCUAUAGCCUCAUUGCCUGCAGAAGUUACCAUGCCUGUAAAAGACAAAUAUUUACUUCUCCUCUCCAACUCCUGGUCAGCCUAAAGAAAGAGUGCCAAAAUGCCUAGCUCCUGGGUUUAGAUUGGUGGGAGCGGAGAAAGGCUUAGGGGAAUUUCAGUUCAUGGGGAGAUGAGUCCUGGUAGGUAAUGCCAGGAAUCCCAACAACGGAUUGAUUAGAGAGUCUCAGGUCAUUUUCACUCGUGCAUGGAGAAGUAUAUCAUUUGCAUGUGUAUCUAGUCAAGAAGUCCUUGAGGAGUUGGGUAACUGAUCCACUGGGUCCCCGAAAAGAAACCCAAUCCUGCCAUGAUUUUGCAAAUAACACACUUCCCUUUGUUUUCAAUAGCAAAAGUUAUGGUACAAUAUUUCAUUUUUGACAGAAUCAGGGGUUCUGUCUAUGCUAUAUUUACCCAUGAAACACAGCAGUAAAUCCAAAUAGAGACGUGUGUGCUCGGAGAGAAUUCUCCAUAAUUCAGACUCUUGAUGAACAAGCCUCAGAAGCUCGUGCCUGGUGUGAUGACUCAAAGUGCUCAGCAGUUACACCCACUGGAGGUGGCUCUUCCCACUUCACUGCUUUUAAACUCUCGGGGCUGUGCAUUUGUCUGGGUUGCUGAUUCUGCUUUGCUUAUUCUCCAAAUGAAUUCAUUCCAAGCCAAGAAAAAGGACCAAAUGGGAUUUUUCAGCUGUUGUGAGACUCGCUCUUUGAAUAUUAAAGUCUGGGACCCUACGAAGAUUAAGUUUAAGCAAAGAGCCUGAAGGAAUUCUGAAGUGAGAGUUUUGUAAAUCUAGUUGUCAGAGAAGAUUAAUGGUCUCAGUAUCUGUGGCAAUUCCUGGCUAAAACAUAGAAGAAGGGCCAUUGAGUGCCAACCCAGGCAGGAUGCACUGCAGUCAGAUUGUCCUCCUUGGACAGAGUGAGUUCAA